AGCAGCUGUUACAGCUCAUCUCUUGUAAUUUUGCUACACAAAAAUAAACUUCCCCCACCACUUUCUCUAUAAAUAAUCCCUUCCUAAUUUCUCACACAUCUCUCUCUAUUGUCUCCUAUCUCUUGCCACUUACUACAUUCAAUCAAAUCUUUAAUUUCCCAGAAAAAAAAUCAAAACUUUAGAAACACCCAGUUCCUUAAUUGUCUCUCAUAUACUAUAAAUCUAUCAAAAAAAUUAUUAAUACUGUGAUUUUCAUCAAUUUGAUAAGUGGGUCUUAAUUAAUUAUUAUGGUGGUUGAAGAUAUGACUAUGAAAAUGAUGAAAUUAAUGGAGGAAAAAAGAGAGAUUAUGGAGGAAAAUGAUGAAGAAGAGAAGACAAAGGCUUUAUUUGAAGGUUUUCCAGAACCUACAAAACUCGUUGUUGGUUAUGCUCUUACGUCUAAGAAAACUAAGAGUUUUCUACAACCCAAGUUUCAAGGUCUUGCUAGGCUAAAGGGAAUAAAAUUUGUUGCAAUUGAUCUGGACAAACCUCUAUCGGAACAAGGUCCAUUUGACAUUGUAUUGCACAAGUUAAUUGGAAAGGACUGGCAGCAGGUUCUUGAGGAUUAUCGGCUAACACAUCCUGAAGUUACUGUCCUGGAUCCACCAGAUGCCAUAAAACAUUUACACAAUCGGCAGUCGAUGCUGCAGGUUGUUUCUGACUUAAACCUAUCCGACACUUACGGAAAUGUCAAUGUUCCCCAACAACUGGUUAUCAAAAAGGAUGCGUCAUCCAUACCUCUAAAAGUUGCCAAGGCAAGGUUGAACCUUCCUCUUGUUGCAAAGCCCUUAAUUGCUGAUGGGAGUGCAAAAUCACAUGAGCUGUCACUUGCAUAUGAUCAGUAUUCUCUUCAGAAACUCGAGCCACCACUCAUAUUACAGGAGUUUGUAAAUCAUGGUGGCGUGUUAUUCAAAGUCUUCAUUGUUGGAGAAGCUAUAAAAGUUGUGAAGCGAUUCUCAUUGCCUAAUGUUAGUAAACGUCAACUGUCAAGAACCAGUGGUGUAUACCGUUUUCCAAGAGUGUCUUGUGCUGUAGCAUCAGCAGAUGAUGCAGAUUUGGAUCCUAAUAUUGCUGAGCUCCCUCCUCGACCUUUACUCGAGAAACUUGCCAGAGAACUUCGUCGUCGACUGGGUCUUCAGCUUUUCAAUCUAGACAUGAUACGCGAAUAUGGGUCCCAAGAUAAUUAUUAUGUUAUUGAUAUCAACUACUUUCCUGGUUACGGUAAGAUGCCAGAAUACGAGCAUAUAUUCACAGACUUCCUACUGGGCCUGGUAAAGAGGAACAAGUACAAUAAUCAUCUAACAACUGGACGAUAAAGUAACUGAAACUGCGGAAUAAUCAAAGACUGUCGAAAAUAUGAUAAGUUUGUCUUCAGAGAAACCUCCUUUAAAACAGGAAGAUCGAAGAUCGCCGUGUUGCUGUAGCAAGUAUUCACAAAAAACUGCUUGCAUAAAAUGGGGGGAUAUGUACAGCCAGCUAAUGUAUGAUCCUUUGACAUUGAAGGCGGAUAACCACUCACUAGUUUGCUUUCUGGCUCAAAUCGCUUGUAAUUACAGAUUGCUCUAACUGCAAGCCGAACCAAGCUCUAUAUUAGUACACCAGCUUAUCGAAUAAUGGUGAACAGCCAUGAUCGCCUGUAUUCGUUAAUAAUUCUUUAAUUUCACCGACUUGUCUACUAAGUUUUAACUGAGUUCCUUGCCAUGUAAAAACGCGACCCUUGUAUAAAGUUUUGCUUCGCCAAUGGUGAUGGAAUAAAAAGUGAAUCUCUUUGGUUGCUGAAUGAA